GUCACUUUAGAGAUAAGCUGGCAUGCACACUACAAAUAAAUGAAAUGAAAGCAGCAAACAAUUGCCCCGAUGUUGCCAUUUCGGUGAUUUCUUCCCUUAGAACAUGUGAAAGCAAUAAAUUUCCAGGCUGAUGUCAUUCCUGUGUUUUCUCCACGAGAAAAAGUGAAGUCAACAAUUGUCCUUUGGCAGUUCUUUAGUUGAGUUUUCUCGAAGCAAAAUUUCCGUCAUGGGGUGGCCUACAACAAGCAAGUGGCCAUCUUUUGGGAGGCCCGAUCUAGACUGAUAGUUGUCCAGGGCCACCCGUUAAUGGGAUCUAUUUGAAAAUUAAAAAAUGUUUAAUAGAUCGAUAAAGUGUACUUAUCAGUAUUUCUUUGGCUGAGAGUUUUUUCAAAGCAAAAUUUCCGUCAUGGAAGUGGUGGCUUCGAUUAUCAGUGGAGCAGUCGUAGAAACUACUCGGCUUCUCUGUGGCUCUAUCUAUUCUACGAUCAAGAACAUUGUCAAAGGCCCACUACCGCUUCAUGUUUUGGAAAAGGAGAUGAAAUUCCUUAUGGCUCUUAGAGAUGAUGCAACGAAAGAAAUGGCAUUAGAUAAGAGAGAAGGAAAAGUAAUAAAAGCUCAAGCCAUUUUGUGGGUUGGGGAGGUUGAAGAUCUGCAUCGUAAGGUGAAUGAUCAGAUUCAAGAAGCAAAGAGUUCCCGAUGUUUCUUAAGUUGUAGUACAAAGCGGUAUAGAAUGAGCAGGAAAGUGGCAAAACAGCUCAAAGAGGUAAAGAGGCUUCUAGAAGUGGGAAGUUCCCUUGCUAGUUCCGUGGCUCUUAGUCAUCCAGAGUUCAAAGCAGUGGAGCAUAUUCCUGGAUCUUCAAUUCAAGAUCAAACAACAUCAAUAUCAGAAGAUUUAGCCAAAACGAUGACUCUAGUGUCUGACGAUAAAUACGGGAUAAUUGGUAUAUGGGGAAUGGGAGGAGUCGGCAAAACUUAUCUGGUGAGAAAUUUGAACAAUGAGCUCCAAAAUAAUUCAAAUCUGCGUUUUAGUUGUGUACUAUGGGUUACGGUGUCCAAAAAUUUGGACAUAAAAAUGGUCCAGAUGAGAAUAGCUUCCAGACUGCAUUUGAAUCUGGAAGAAAGUUCGGGAGCCGAUGGAAUGGCUAUUCAACUUUAUCAAAGACUAAAGGAGGAAAGUUUUCUUCUCAUUCUCGAUGAUGUUUGGGAGAAAAUUGAUUUGGACAAAUUGGGUGUCCCACGGCCUGAAGAACAUAGGGGUAGUAAGAUCAUAUUGACAUGUAGAUCUUUGGAUGUAUGUAGGGACAUGGUUACUGAUGUUGAAGUUAAAAUGAUGGUUUUGAGGGAUGAAGACGCUUGGCAGCUAUUUAGUCGGUAUGCAAGGGAUGUGGUUACUUCAGAACAUAUCAGACCACUUGCAGAGGCAAUUUGUAGAGAGUGUCACGGAUUGCCUUUGGCCAUCGUCACCAUGGGAGCUGCUAUGAGAGGAAAGACGAAGCCUGAGUUGUGGAACCAUGCUUUGAAUCAGCUGCGAAGAUCAGUGCCUUAUGCGGCAGGAAUUGAGGAGAAGCUCUAUAAGCCUUUGAAGUGGAGUUACGACUCAUUAGAAGGUAGAUACUUGAAAAAUUGUUUCCUUUACUGCUCUUUGUUUCCUGAGGACUUCUCAAUUAAUAUAAGUGAACUGGUAUGGUGCUGGCUAGUGGAAGGUUUAAUAGAUGAACGGGAAAACUAUGAGGAUUUCUUCAGUCGAGGAAUUGCUUUGAUUGAAAAUCUUAAGGACUCCUGUUUGUUGGAAGAUGGUUCCGGGGAGGGCACUGUGAAGAUGCAUGACGUUGUUCGUGAUGUUAGCAUAUGGAUUGCAUCAACCUGCAGCGAGGAUGGAAGUGAAUUCCUCGUUCGUUCAGGGAAUGGUUUGAAAGAGAUUUCAGCUACUGAGCUAUCAAAUUCUCUUAGAAGAGUUUCUUUCAUGAAUAACGAUUUAGAAAGACUACCUGAUGACUCUGUGAUACAAUGUUCAGAGGCAUCAACUUUGCUACUACAAGGUAAUCGUCGCCUUGACCGAGUUCCUGCGAGAUUUUUGGAAGGAUUUGGAGCACUGAGACUCUUGAAUAUCAGUGGGACCCGCAUCAAAUCAUUUCCUGAUUCUCUUCUUCAACUGGAUAACAUUCGUGCUCUUCUUUUGAGUAAUUGCCAGGAUCUCGAAGAAUUGCCCCCACUGGAAAGGCUCAGUAGACUUCAAGUGCUUGAUCUCUCUUUGACUGGUAUUAGAGAAUUGCCAAGAGGGUUAGAGCAACUCAGCAACUUAAGGCAUCUAAACUUAGGCAAGACUCGCCGACUGAAAGUGGUUCAAGCUGGAGUGAUAUCCAAGUUGUCCAGUUUAGAAGUUCUGGACCUGUCAAACAGUUGCUACAUUUGGAAAGUGAAGGGAGCGGUACAAGAGAAGCAAGCAUGUUUUGAAGAGCUCCAAUGCCUAGAGCGGUUACAAGUUUUGUCCAUCAGAUUGAUCCUGUGUUACAGUCCCCAAGAUACAAUUAUUUCUUGGAUAAAUAGAUUAAAAGCAUUCGAAGUUGACAUCGAAUGGGGCUAUUCCCAUCUAGUUUUUCAGGAGUACAGGCGUUCAAAGUAUAUCAAUUGUUCUAGCCUAUACUCUCAAUAUUUACAAGUGCCAUCUCUAUCUCCACUCUCGGGUGCCCAAAGAUGUGUGAUUAUGGAGGGGACCUAUCUCUCAGGAGGACAGGUCGGGUGCUGGUUGAGUAAAGCAAGUUAUCUAUGCUUAAGUAGUUGUCGAGGACUGAAUAAGAUGCUACAAGACUUGAUCAUUAACAGUGUUGGCAGCUUUUCAUAUUUAAAAAAACUCGUGUUUUGUGACUCUGACUGCAGUUUUCGAACUGGAGGACGUGCAGCAGAGUAUGACCUACUACCCAAUUUGGAGGAACUUUGUCUAAUACUAAUGACAUGCAUUGAAAGCAUUUCAGAACUAGCCAACCAUCUCGGGCUGAGAUUUCAAAGACUGAAAACAAUAGAUGUGAUUUCCUGUGGGGAGAUGAAAUAUCUUCUCUCCCUUGGGAACUCCAUUCGCACAAUGCCAAACCUAGAAGUAAUCUGGGUACACAAUUGUUCCAAUUUAGAAGAGCUCUUCAAUUAUCUUCCAUUGCAGAAUAUGACUAAUCCAGAUCCGAUUACUCCAAACCUAAGGAAAUUAGAAUUGAAUGACCUUCCCAACUUAAGGAGUCUUUGUAGUGACGAAAAGACUUGGCCGGGUAUAGACCAGGUUGAGGUGAUUAACUGCAAUCUUUUUGAGACAUUGAGCAAAAAUAAGAUGGGAUUAAAUGAGUUGGGGGAACGCAUUGGAGCGGCAUGCAAGCAGAACUAAAUAAUAUUUUACGCAAUUUUGUUGGAGUUAUCGAUGUGCAAUAUAUAUAAGAUAAAUUUUAUGUAUUUUGCUA